AUGUUUUUGGAAGGCGAUGAGUCGGAUUCGCAGCCACUUUAUAGCAUCGGUGAUGUAGGUGCUGGUUGGUUCCGUCACAUAGAAGACCGCAGACGUAAACUGUGGUACUUUGGAGCGCUGAAACGACGUUGGGCUUAUAUUUGGGAGAUGCUCAAGCGUUCACCGACGGACAUGGAGGCAAAGAUGCUAUAUGAGGAAGCUUGCACCGGUUGCCGACGCUGCCGUCCACCUGUCGUGUUCGAACCACCUGCCUGGCGAUGGUGGCAUAUCCUAACUGGUCCACCUCGUAUUCAACAACCAGAAGGUUGGCUACUCUUUAUAAAAUUUUGUGAAACGAAGGAC